CCUUAACGAAGUUAUUUUUUUCUUUAUAUUUUAAUAAAAAAAUAAAGGAGGAUAAAAGUCUAAAGAAGGAAAUAAACGAAACAUAUUUUAUGAUUCUACUACAUUCCCAUUUCCCAUUUCCCACUAAACACCAUUUUGAUACCAUUCAAGCUCUAAAGACAUAUAUAUAUAUAGAUAGAUAAACUUACACAUUCCCAAUUUCUUCUGUUUUUUCACAUUUUAGUAAUAGCUUAUAAACACAACAAAAGCCUUAAAUAAGGAGAUAAUUAAAUCGAACAUUUGUCCUUAAGUUUCACUUUCCCUCGGCCUGCCCUGUGAUCCAAGAAAAGAAGAGACCUAAAUCAAACCUUUCAUUUAAUAUUUAUCAAGGUUUGGAGAUGAAUGUUGGUUGGAUAAGACAUGGAAAUUUGAGUUUAAAGCUCUUAUUAGUGAUGGGAAUUGUGCUUUUUUUUGUCUGUAAUUGUUCAGCCAAAUCCCAUCAUAAACGAGUGAACGACGACUAUGAUUCAUUGCCUGGGGUCACUAUGAACGUUACCGAUGCUGAGGUCGUGAUAGACAAUGGCAUCGUGCAAAUCACAAUCGCAAAUCCAGAAGGUCAUUUGAUGGGUGUUUGCUACGGUGGAGUAAAUAAUAUACUCGAAACUCCUAACAAAGAAUCGAAUAGAGGGUAUUGGGACGUAGUUUGGGGAACUACAAAUUACUACGGUACUGACUGGUUGUUAGGAUCAACUUUUAACGUGAUAGUAGAAAAUGAGGAUCAAGUGGAGGUUUCGUUUUCGUAUAAAUGGGAUUCAACUACAUGGAAUACAUCAAAUGUCUGGAGAAUUCCGGCAAAUGUUGACAGACGGUAUAUAAUGCUUCGAGGAUCAUCUGGGUUCUAUACGUAUAUGAUAUUAGAGCGUGAGGAGGGAGUGAUGCCUGAAGCGAAUAUCUUCCAAAUCAGGACGGUUUAUAAGCUAGAUCAAGAGCGGUUCCAAUAUAUGGCUAUUUCAGAUGACAGGCAAAGGAUCAUGCCUUCACCAAAGGAUCGUGAGACGGGACUUCCCCUUGCCUUCAAAGAAGCUGUUCUGUUGACUGAUCCUACAAAUCCUAAUUUGAGAGGCGAGGUAGAUGACAAGUACCAGUACUCAUGCGACGAUAAAGAUAACAAGGUGCAUGGAUGGAUAUCGUUUGAUCCACAAAUCGGGUUUUGGAUUAUUACUCCAAGCAAUGAGUUUCGUUCUGCAGGACCCGUCAAGCAAGAUCUCACUUCCCAUGUUGGCCCAACUGCAUUAGCUAUGUUUCACAGUGCACACUAUGCUGGUUAUGAUGUAACUAUGUCAUUUCAAGAAGGGGAACCAUGGAAGAAGGUGUUUGGGCCCUAUUAUGUUUAUCUUAAUUCAGCUUCUGAUUAUACCGAUUUUCAUGAACUUUGGGAAGAUGCAAAGCACCAGAUGAAACAAGAAACCCGAAGCUGGCCUUACGAAUUCCCAUUAUCGAAUGACUUCCCUAAGUCUGUUGAACGCGGUUUUGUUUAUGGUCGCUUGCAAGUCCACGAUAGGUAUAGAUGGAAGGUUGUAAAGUCUGCAAGUCAUGCGUGGAUUGGGCUCGCAGCACCAGGUGUAGCAGGGUCUUGGCAAACUGAAACCAAAGUUUAUCAAUUUUGGACUCGAGCAGAUCGUAAUGGAGGUUUCAUGAUCAAAGGGAUUCAUGAAGGUGUUUACAACUUAUUUGCUUGGGUUCCGGGUUUCAUUGGAGAUUAUGUUUACGAAGAAGAAAUCACUAUUGCUCAAGGCUCUGUACUCAAACUGGGUAAUCUUGUCUACGAGCCACCGAGAAAUGGACCAACAUUAUGGCAAAUUGGGUAUCCAGACCGUACUGCAUUAGAGUUCUACAUUCCGGAACCAAAUAGCUUAUUCGUAAACAAACUUUACACCGAUAGUAACGUUAACCGAUUCAGGCAAUACGGCCUUUGGGAACGUUAUGCUGAGUUGUAUCCUGACGAAGAUCUGAUUUACACUGUUGGCGAAAGCGAUUUUCAUACCGACUGGUUUUUUGCCCAAGUUACCAGGAAGGAGGAGAAUAAUACCUAUAAGCCGACAACAUGGCAGAUCGUGUUUACCCUUGAAGAAGUGAUCAACUCUUCAAACUACACUCUGAGAAUAGCCUUGGCUUCUGCCACUAGGGCUGAAUUGCAAGUACGAUUCAAUGAACCGGAACUAAGCAUACCUCACUUCACCACAACAGUAAUUGGUACGGAUAAUGCAAUUGCAAGGCAUGGUAUUCAUGGGAUAUAUAGAUUGUAUAAUGUGGAUGUUCCAAGUGAAUGGCUUUGUGUAGGGAACAAUACCUUGUAUCUCAAGCAAUCAAGACAUGAUUCCCCUUUCUUUGGAGUUAUGUAUGACUAUAUUCGGCUUGAAGGCCCCCCUCGAACAAUCUAAUACAAGUUUUACAUAUACGGUUUACAUUGGAGUAGAACUGCAUGAUUAAUUUCUUUCUGUUUUACUUUUGUAUAUAAUUAAAGAACAUUGUAGUUGUUAUAAGAAGAAAAAUCAAACAAGCAGUAGGUAU